CAGGGUCACACACAGGACCAAGCAAGAGCAGCAGGACCUCAGCAUUUUACCCUUUAUUACAAAUGGAAAAACAUGAAGAUGUUCAAUACUGUUUUCAAGAUGGAAACUCUUCUUGCAAAAAGGCUUUGCUAUCGACAUCUAUCUACAUAACACUGUACAUCUUCUUGUCAUUGAUUUCAGCAGUUACAGUAUUUUUGAACCUACUGGUGAUCAUCUCCAUCUCUCACUUUAAGCAGCUCCACACUCCAACCAACCUGCUCAUCCUCUCUCUGGCUGUGGCAGAUCUCCUGGUGGGACUGAUUGUGAUACCAGUAACGACUGUAGCAAUAAUGGAAUCAUGUUGGGGUUUUGGGGAAUAUUUCUGUGUGUUUCAUUUAUAUAUGGCUUUUUUAUGUACUUCUUUAUCUCUGGGCAAUUUGGUAUUGAUAUCUAUUGACCGCUAUGUUGCUGUGUGUGAUCCCUUAUCGUACCACUCUAAAACAACAACAACAAGAAUCACGUUUUGUAUAUCCAUUACCUGGUGUUGUUGUAUCAUAUACCGUGCUGCUAUUGUAAAAAGCUUUGUAAAUGUACAGGUACCGAGUAGGUGUUUGAAUGAAUGUUUUACUGUUGAAGGGAUAACCUGGGCUAAUAUUGUUGAAAUUUUAAUUACAAUGGUUGUCCCGUGCUCUAUUAUUGUAACACUUUAUGUGAAAAUCUUUGUGGUGGCCAGAUCACAGGCCAGAAAGGUAUUUUCAAAAGAGGCUGCCAGUGUGUCUGGUGUUCAAACUGUACAGGCAAAUAAGUCUGAGAGAAAAGCAGCAAAAACUCUUUCCAUUGUUGUUGUCAACUAUUUCAUUUGUUGGAUUCCAUCUCUAUUUGUUUUCUUUUUUUUGUCUUUUAUAAGUGACAAUUUAUCACUUUUCAUCCGUUUUCUGCCUCUUGUUAAUUCCUUAAUUAAUCCAAUAAUUUAUGCUUUCUUUUAUCCAUGGUUCAAAGUGACAGCUAAACAUAUUUUACCUCUGAAGUUAAGGCAUUCAUAGUACUAUGUUUUUAUUCCUAAAUUUGACUAACAGGUUUGAUAUAGUUAUGUUAUACAAUUGUUGUAAUUUCUUCUUUCAUAUAACAAUACACUGACAUUACUUAUCUCAGUGUUGUCAUCAUAAAUACAUGUGGUGUUGAUACAAAAUCAUUUGUCUGGAUUGGAAUGGAAUGACUUGGAGAAGGUAUAAGCUUGUUUAAUAAAAUACAUUGUAGUAAUUUUUGGGUUGUAUUUUGCAAAUAUCAAAGCCUGUUGAUGUCCUAUGGUAUUUAAUGUGGACCACAUGAAGAUUAGCUGAUGCUUUUGCAGUGGAUAAUGGGGAUCCUAAUAAAUAUCAAAAUUAUAAAUAUU